AUGUAUGGAUUAACUAUUCAUUGGGUGAUUCAUAAAGAGUUAUUAGUUUAUAGAUUAAGUGCAUGUUUCGUCACGUCAAUCUUUGGCGUGAUUGGAAUCAUUUUUCACUUCUUUGCGAUUGUCAUGAUUUUUUAUAACCAAAAAAGAUAUCACAAAACGAGAACUAUCUUCUUAUCACUCCUCGUUCUGGAAUUCAUCACUCUCACUCCUUUCAUUACAAUCACGUGGGUGAAGGGUUCUCAAGAGGAAUUAAAUAUAAAUGACUUUGAUGAAGAACAUAUUCAUGCGUUAGAGACACAAUUUUCGUGUUGUUACGUAAACGAUCAUAAUAUUAUGAGUGCUUGUGAUUGUUUAUACCAAAAUCGAUUAACUUUUACUUCUGUUGAUGAGAUGGUAAAUGAUGGAACGUGUGCAAUAUGUGGAAAACAAAUAAAGAAUAACAGCAAUUUGUUUUUUAAAGUUACUGAAAUAUUAAAUUCUUUAUUAGUUGUUUCAGAUGUCAUUUUGAUCGUUUGGUAUUGUUACUUUGCACUGAGAAGGAAAAUACGAAAAAACAAGGAAGUUAAUGAGAUUGAAAAAAGACUUAAAGAAAUCAAAAUAGGAUCUCCACAACAAACAGCAGAAGAAAUGAAAAAAAUGGAAGAAGAAAUUCACUCUACAAAAAAAUUUAUCAAAAAACCAAUUCAGAUUGAAAUGACAGAACAAAACAAAAUGAAUACCAACGAUUCAAAUAGUCAGAAAAAUGGAAUAAAAACAACUGAAACAAAAUAA